AUCAGCAAGCUUCACCAUGACUAAAUCACCAUUGAAUUCUGUUCUUUUGGUCGGAGGAUCUGGAUUUCUUGGACUUCAUUUGAUUGAACAAUUCCAUAGACAUUGUCCUGAAACCAAAAUCACCAUAUUCGAUAUUCGUCCAUUACCAGAAAAAUUAUCCCAAUACUUCACAUUCAACCCUUCACAAAUUCACUUCAUUAAAGGAGAUUUAACUGCAGAAUCUGACGUUUCAAAUGCCAUUACUUCCAGUGAAUGUGAUGUCAUUGUCCAUGCUGCAUCUCCAAUGCAUGGAUUACCCCAAGAAAUCUAUGAAAAGGUUAAUGUUGAAGGUACCAAAAAUUUACUUGCCCAAGCUAAAAAGUUAGGUGUUAAGGCAUUUGUAUAUACUUCUUCCGCAGGAGUUAUAUUCAAUGGACAAGAUGUUUACAAUGGUGAUGAAUCAUGGCCAUACCCUGAUGUCCACAUGGAUGGAUAUAACGAAACCAAAGCUAUUGCUGAAACUGCAGUUAUGAAUGCCAAUGAUCCAGCCAAGGGAUUCCUUACUGUUUGUUUGAGACCUGCAGGUAUUUUUGGUCCUGGAGAUCGUCAGUUAGUUCCUGGGUUAAGAGCAAGUGCUAAAUUAGGACAAUCCAAAUAUCAACUAGGUGAUAAUAACAAUUUAUUUGAUUGGACCUAUGUCGGAAACGUUGCUGAUGCUCAUGUAUUGGCAGCAACCAAGAUUUUAGAUCCGGAAUUCUCACAACAAUUGGGUGGUGAAACCUUUUUCAUCACUAAUGAUGCUCCAACAUAUUUCUGGACUUUAGCACGUACAGUGUGGAAAGCUGAUGGUUAUGUUGACAAAUAUUAUAUUAAAUUGAGUCGUCCUGUAGCUAUUGUCUUGGGUUAUUUCUCGGAAUUUUUCCUGAAAUUAGCUGGUAAAGAACCUGGUAUUACUCCAUUUAGAGUUAAGGUUGUUUGUGCUACAAGAUAUCAUAACAUUUCCAAAGCCAAGACUAUUUUAGGUUAUAAACCUGCUGUUGAUUUGGAAACUGGUAUAAAGUAUACCUUAGAUUGGAUGAAUGAAGAUAUUUAAAUAUGGUAUUAAACUAUUGACAUUAUAUUUAGUCAAAAAUUAUAAGGAAACUAAUAAAUAGAAUGAUAAAUAACCAAGUAUCGUUUAUGAAGCCUCUAUCUAAAGCAGCCGAAUUUUCCCACUCGUUUCCUGUUAAAUUGGCCGUGACAUUUGUAUAAUUCCUAACUUGUGGUUCAUCUUCUUCAUCACUGUUAUCACUGUCUUCACUGUCUUCAUUUAACACAAGUUUAAUCUUUUUGUUUCUAAACGGAGAUUCUGAUGAAUGUAAGGAUGAAAUACCUGAGUCUCCCUUAUGGUCAGUCACUUCAAAAUCAGACUUUGGAUGAACCUUGCUUUUGAUGGAAGUAACUGCCUGAUCCUCUUCGUUAUCAAUAUCGUUAGACUUGCCUUUUUUCUUUUUGAUCUUAAUAGUAGAAUCAUCAUCUUUCUUGAAUGGCAAACUACAAGCAUUAAUUUCACUUAAUUCAACACAGUCGUUCAAUAAAACUGUCAAGAAAUUAGUGGAAGGAUUUCCAGGACACAAAUGAUAACAUUCUUGUUCAAUACUUUG